CGUGUUUGCAAUCCACGCUGCCCUCCCCAACUCCCACUGCCCCACUGACGACGAACACUGAGCGUCGUCGGAGACGCACUCUCCUAGAUCCCCACUCGGACGCACACCAUAGAUACAGUACAUAGAUCCUCCUGUCUCUGGCCCCCGUCUUGGAACUAUACUCAACCCAGCCACCCCGUUUGUUACACUCCCACACUCCCGAGAAUUUUGUCGAAAAUGGACUCCACUGCAACGUCAACCUCAAAGAAACGGCCCCAGGAGACCGAACGUUCCGCCUCUCCAUCCACCACCUCCACAGCUGCCACCUCCACCUCCACGCCUUCCAAAAAAGCCAAACAUCGUCAUAUCGAACACCACGUCACAUGCACAGACGAUCCCAACUGCCGCGGAUGUUCCGCCGGCGAGGUGGUCAUCACUUUCACCGCCACCCCGGACAACGCUGACGGUAACGAAGGUGGUGACGACGCCUCAACGGCCACAGCUUCACAAAGCGAUCCGUCCGCUGCUCAGCUGUAUCGCAUGGCCCUGCAGGAACGGGAGGACCUAGAGAACCGGAGGGCGGAUAUCAAAGAGAGGGAGCGGAAGAAAAAAGCGGCGACCAAUUCCGCCGGGAACGAAAGUGCUGGCGCUGGCGCCACCGCCGCGAAUGGAACAUCUGCAACAUUUCCAACAACAACAGAAGACGGCGGCGGAAAGGACGAACAAUUGAAUGAUGAUGAAGACGACCUCCAAGGCCGCCGCAAAGUCGUCAUCAAGCUCUUCGAACUAGCCAUCGACAAAUUCGAAGCCGAGACCCGCGUCCCCGCCACCACACCCCGUACCGAAAAACCCGCAUUCGAUUUCUCCACGGGGAGCCCAACCGAUACCCGUGAGCUUGGCGGGAAGCUCAUGUUCGGGUCCUGUCUCCUUGAUUUCGGAUCGUUUUUCCCGUUACCAGAGUACAUUGAACGCAGCGUGGAUCUGUUUUCCGAGUGUGUGGCGUUUCUGGAGACGGAUCAGGGCACGGCGGCGAGGGGCUCGUGGGGCGCUGGCGCCGCGUUGUUUGGCCUGGCGAGGGCAAAGAUGGAGCUGUUGAGGAAUCGGUAUGAGACAAUGGCCGAUGCAGAUGAGGAGGCUGAGAGCGAUGAUAGCGAUGAUAGCGAUGAGGAGGACAAGAGGGGCGGUGGUAAUGCGGCGGGGAAGCCGAGUGCAGGCCGGAAACUGUUGUCCUUUGAAACGGAGGACACGCUGAUUGCAGAAGCCAAGACUGCUGUCGACAAGGGCCUGGCACUGGUAUCCCGCGACAAGGACGCCUUCGUAGUGCAAUGCGUCUCCGCCGCCCUCCUCUUCCGUGGCCACGCUCAACUGCAACGCGAACGCUACGUCGCCGACUCAACCCGCUUCACAAAAACCUUCACAACAGCCCUGCACUACCUCAACGAAGCCCAAUCCGCCCACCCGCAAGCAACGUCCUUCCACAUUGAGGCCCUCGAGGCACGCGGCGCUUGUUUGUAUUACCUUGCGGCCGAGCAGGCUGCGCAACUCGACGAGGACGAGGAUGAGGACGAGGAACCCGAGUCCGAAACGGAGGGUGACAAGAAGGACGGGAAGAAAGGGGAGAAGGAUGGGAAGAAGGAGCAGAGAAGAGAGACAUUGGAGAUGGUGCACGAAGCCGAAACAGCCCUCCGCGUCGCCAUCAAAAUCUGCGAGAACGCCAAACUGGAGGCCGGGAAACACGUCGUGCCUGAACUGCAUCUCUUGGCCCAAACCCUCCUCCUCCGCACCAACCUCGAAUCCGACGAAUCAAAGACGAUGGAGCUGUUCCACGAGGCGGUGGUUUGUCUUCGGAGAGCUUUUGAGUUGGAUCCUGAUAAUGAGGAGAUCCACUCGCAGUUGGAGCAGAUGGGCGUUUUUGAUGAGACUAGUGGGAGUGAGAGUGGGGGCAGUGCGGGUGGGGAGAGUGAUGGGGAGGAAUGAAGGCAAAGAUGGGAAGGAUAUAUUAGGCCACGUUGAGCGUGGCUGCCGACGCGCGAUCUGGGUUGGGCAUGGGCACUGCGU